CAGAAUUUAAUGGAUUCUGAGAGGCCUGAAUAUUACGGAGAUUAUCCGCAAGGUUGUUUUCAGAGUGAUAUCCCUCGAGCUACAUGGUACCGUUACCAAAAGUUGUACAGGGAGCAAGAUCUUGGAUAUGGGAGAUAACAUUUUAUUUUCAAAAAAUGAAAUUUUAUCAACGGAACAUGAAAUGCCACCCACUAAGUAUGAAAUGCCGUUUGCGAGUGGUGAAAUAUUUUCACAAGCAAGGGACAGUAAAGAAAAUAAAUCAAUGGAUUUUUUGGAAGAAAAAACUGUUCUAACAUAUGUGGAAUCGAUAAGAGGAGUAUUGAGUCUUGACAUACAAAUUACUGAUCAAGUUCUUCAAGACGUUCAACGAUUAAUGGGUGAAUUAGCAGAUGAUAUAAGCGAUGACAACUCUACUGUGCAAGGGAUAAAGAAGAAGACGACGACUACUUAGUCGAUGCCCGUGACAAUUACUUUGAUAUCAACCUAGGAGACGAAAGCACAUUGGGUAAAGAAUACAUCGCUCCAGAAACCAAAUACACAACUAUUGAAGGCAUGAUGGUCGAAGCUGAUUUCAACAAACCAACAACAGUACCAGUCACGAAAACGAUUGGAGAAAUAAUUAUUACGAUUGUUAGGAAAGCAUUCGUGAAUGCAUUAUCAUUGCUCGCUACUGCCCAACUGUUUAGCCCUAUCAAUUGUGUUUUCGACACUCCUAUUUUGCCAAACACUAAAUAUUUAAUUGAAAAAUUAUUCUAUCCAAAAAAAUGGGCAACCGUUCACGCGAUUUGUACUCAGUGUCAUCGAUAUGCAGAUAUCUUUGACCCUCGCAAAGAUCCUUAUUUAACGUUCAAAUCAUGUAAUGUCAGAAUUAGCGUCAAGGAAUAUGAUUAUGAACAUUUUUUUUAUAACAAUGAACCCUUCAAUUCCUAUUUUUGAAUUAUUUCAAGCGAAUUCAGAUUACUAUAACUUUGUUGUAGAUGAGAGAUCUCAUAAAAAAUGGUUUAUAAAUGACAUUUAUGACGGGAAAUUGUAUCGCGAUUUUGUAAAAUCUUUGAACGAAGCGGACAAACAUCAGUAAGCAACGACAACCUUCAAUACUGAUGGAGCGCCUUUGUUUGAAAGCUCAAAAACUUCCAUUUGGCCCAUAUAUUUGAUGGUUAAUUAGCUUACUUAUACAUAGUGUUAGAACUAAAGAUUUCAUACUGGCCGGUCUUUGGUUCGGUAAAAAGAAGCCCGAUAUGGAUGUUUUUCUUGAUCCAUUUUUUCAAAAUAUGAAUCAACUCUCAAGAGUGGACAUCGUGUGCUAUUUUAAUGGCCUUAAACGCCAUAUUAAACUUUUCCUGCUGGUUUGCUGUGUUGACUCUGUCGCACGAGCACCAGUGCUAGGAUUUGUUCAGUACAUCGCCCGUGACGGUUAAGGUCAGUGCCUACAUCCUGGAGAAUAUGUUCGGAACUCGGAAAACCCCCAUUCAGGUGGAUGUAUAAAAUAUCCUUUAUUAAAUACCAUUCCAGAAAACAGAAACAUGGCUGAUACUAUUCGACACGCAGAACAAGCAACCUCAAAAAAGCCAGUCUCAGACGUAAAGUCGCGAUCACGUUUAAUUGAUUUGAUGAAAUUUGAUUUAAUCCGUGGUUGCGUGCCAGACUUUUAGCUAAUAUAAAAUGUCCUCACCAAGUAGGAAGAUUAACACGUCCUUUUUCUGAAAGGGAAUUUUGGAAAUCUAGAGAGUGGGAAAACUGGACACUUUAUUAUAGCUUACCAAUUCUUCUCCACAUAUUGCCAGUAGAGUAUUUAAUGCAUUUGGCCCUUUUUGUAGAGGCUUUGUAAAUUCUUUCGCAAUCAGACAUUCAAAGUGUUGAACUAGAUCGGGCAGAUAGGUUGCUACACCAGUUUGUAGAAGGAACAGAAAAACUUUAUA